UUUUUGAAUCUAUGUAUUAUUUUGUUUAUAGAUUUGAUGAUUUGUGAUUUUUGUUUAUAGAAGAGAAAAAUAUUACUCCGAUUGGCUUGAAGAUCGUGGUAAUUUCAACUCUAUGUCUUUUUGCUUUUCAACUCCUCCUCACCUAUUGAUGCUAAGCUAACCUGAUCUUCGUUGGGUUUCCAUCCUACAGUUUUAUGGAUUCUUUCCAUUUUAACGGUCCAAUUAAUUCUAUCAAUUCCUCUUCUUCGUCGUAUAUAGCCUCCACAGAGCUUAGAGAGAGUGACUUGAGUCUCGAGAGUUUCUAUCAGUUUCGAAACAUGCAACGUGAGGGUUUUUGGAUCGACUGUGGUGAAGAUCUGAAAAUGAGGUAGGGUUUCGUUGGGCUGAUGAGCAUCACCACGAGGAGCCAAAGCAGGAGUCUUUGAUUGAGAAGAUAUCGGAGAAGAUACCUGGCGUCGGCCAUCAUGAUUCCUCGUCGUUGGAUUCGGGCGACGAGAAGAAAAAGAGCAGCUCUUCUUCUUCUCCUCCUCCUUCUCCUUCUCCUUCGCCGAUGAAGUCCAGUGCAUGAUCCAACGGCUACGAUCCCACUGCACUUCACAUCACCUUUUUGACCAAAAGACUUUAGACCAGAUUCUCAUCAUUUCGUCUUGUUCCUUCCCGUCACCCCCAAAAUGUAUGGACGAACUCUGGUUGGGCGUGAGGGGCAGCAGGAAAGGGGAGGCUGGUAACGGGUCUACCUGGGAAGUAGUGGUGGAGGUCGUGACGGUGCAAGAGCGCUUGGCGUUCUUGCAGGAGCCGCCGCCAACGGGUAUGUCUCGGAGGGUGCCGUCGUGAGUCCAGUAGCGGCGGCAGUUCUUGCAGAAGUGGCGGGACGGAGAGAAGUUGUAGUUGUUGUAGUAACAGAACUUGGUGUUGGUGGAGUUGCAGCGAUAAAGAGAGCUAUGAAGCGGCUUCUUGUUCUGUAGCCUCAUCCUAGCGAUCCUUUUCAAACUCUUUAAACUUCAAACAUUUAAACCCUAUGAGUUUCCAAUUCCAUUUCCUAAAAUUCCAAUCUCUAUAUCUCUUACGGACUCUCUCUUAUGGACAUGGAUAGAAAAGAUACACACGUGCAUAAAUGCCAUUGCCAUUGAAAACUGGCUGCAGGGAUCAAGAGAGAGAGAAGGGGGGGACCAGUAGUGAUCCCGGCCAUCUCAAAAGCAAAAAUGGUGUUGAAAUGAAGGAGGGUCAGCGGUGGCAGCCAGAGGAAGACGCACUCCUCAAAGCCUACGUUAAGCAAUAUGGCCCCAAAGAGUGGAAUCUCGUCUCCGUCCGCAUGGGGCAGCCCCUCCAUCACGACCCCAAGUCCUGCCUCGAGCGCUGGAAGAACUACCUGAAGCCCGGCCUAAAAAAGGGCUCUCUCACCAUGGAAGAACAGUCCCUUGUCGUAUCCCUCCAGGCCAAGUAUGGCAACAAGUGGAAGAAGAUCGCCACCAAGGUCCCUGGACGCACGCCAAAGCGCCUCGGCAAGUGGUGGGAGGUCUUCAAGGAAAAGCAGCUCAAACAACAGCAGCAGAACCAGAAGAAGAAGAACGGCAGUAAUGCACCCGAAUAUGCACUGUACCGAUGAGAAUAUUCUAGUUGUGGAAUCUCCGGAGAAGGCCGCCCACUGCACUAACCAAACAGCUAAUUGUACUAGCAACGACAAGACCCCAGUCGAUCAUGAUCAUGAUAAAUCGAAAACCAGGCUUAGUGAUUGGGCCACCUUUGAUCAUUUGGUGGCAUCGCAACUUAAUGGUCAAGACGAGGCAGCCAAGCAACUCGCAUCAGAUAUAUUUAAUUAUAAUAAUAUAAUAUAAUUUUGCGUGAUUUCUCAUUCAUCAUCAUGUCUUUAGCGUUCCAAUUGUCAAUGUAACAUCAGUUGUCAAUUGCAUAUAUAUAUUUAUAUAUAGUUAGUUA